GAUAUCCUAAAGACGUCCACCUGCUUUCAACCAUAUAGGAACAUAGAAACAUUCUUGAGAGUCACUGUCAUUCACAGUGUACCCUUGCCUCGCUUUCCUUUCACCUCCCAGCCCUCCGAUUGUCUUCUCGCCCACUUCGUUUUGGCCCUGACCGGACUGCGGCGACUAUUAAACAGGCCCACCACCUGGCACUUUCGUAACGUUCGAUUCUCAUCGCCUCAAUCUUUGUCGUCCCUUUUCUUUUUCUCGCUAUCCUUGCAUCCCAUGGUACCGGCAUAGUUGCUACCGGAUUUCAUCCUAAACCGACCCUCCGAGCCUUCCCUCUCGGGACAUGCCCGCUUCCCAAAAACAACAGUUUUCACAAUCCAAGGAUGAUUCUGGCAGGCAUCUGCGAUCUGCAUCACCGGCUGUAAAGAGACCGGCGUCUGAUAUGGGAGCACAAGAUCGAGAAACAUACCCGAGCGACGUAGAGAUGGGGGAUUCUGAGCCGAUGGGUACAACGCCAGUUAACCAGGAUUCUACGCAGAAUUCGAACACAAAGGCAAAACAACCUGACCUGGGACUGAGACAUCGCGACAAGGCUCUAAACAACAGUUUGACGCACACAAGUAACCCCAGAUCAAGUCAACAAGCUGUGUCCGACAAUAGCGGCAGUUCCACCUCCGACUCUCUCAUCCCUAGUCCUUCGAACCAGUCAACUGCAACUACCUCUCUGAACACCGAUAUCUCGACCACCUCCGAGGCCUCGAUUCCUCCCAUCGACGAUCAAAUCGCCAAGGUCACCCAGCUGAUUGACAAAGAGCUACAUGACGGACAGAAGGGCUAUGUCCUGUCUAAAAAAUGGUAUCAGAGGGUCCAAGCCCGCAGCUCACAUGCUGGCGAAGCCGGGAAGAUAGACAAGUCUGCCACUGAAGGUGAAGUUGGCCCUGUUGACUGCUCUGACCUGGCAAUGGUCAUUGAAGAGUCCACCCGACUUGUGGAUCAAGAAGGAGAACCGUAUGUUCCGCUCCGACCUGGUCUAACUCUCAGCGACGACUUUGUGAUCCUUCCACAAGAUGCUUGGGAUAUGGUAGUUUCUUGGUAUGGGCUCGCAAAAGAUUCGCCUGUGAUCACACGCUAUGCCAUCGACGAGAGCGUGCCACCUAGUGCUCCGCACAUCGUCUGGGAACUUAGUCCUCCGAUCUUCUCAUUCUUAAAGGUUGCAGCUGAGCACACACCACAAACUCAGCGCGAGAAGGAAUUGCCUCCCCAACGGCUACUAGCUUCCAAGAAGAUGCCCUUCAUGCAAUGGUUGAAAGCUGGAAAGCAGCUACUCCACAUCAACAUCAACACCAAAGUCAGGGUAUGGAGAAUACUUGGUGGUCUUAAAAGCUCCACGGCAUCUGGCAUUCUCACUCCUGCAGCUUCCAGAAGUGCAUCUCCUGCACCAGGCGCCGAGAUAGUAGCCAGCGCCGGCGACAAGAUGCUCCUAGAUGUCAACUCUUUCGCCGCACUGAUGAUAGGCGAGCAGCGUGAACUCGUGUCACACCAAGAUUUGACCGCAGAUCCCAAAUACAACGGUUCGUCUACAUUAGGCUUUCUUGGGUUCGGAAGGGAUGAUGUGAUCGUCUUGGAAGAACAAAAGUCGGGCAAAGAGGAUUGGCCGAGCGACACUGUGAAAUUGAGUCUGAGCAAAGGUCUUAAAAAGACUACAAGCACGCUCACCCCCAGUGGCAGGUCGAGUCCUGCGCCAAGCAUGAUGACUAGAGGUCGACAAAAGAGGGAUGGAAGACCACGCGGAAUCACAGGCUUGAGCAAUCUGGGCAAUACUUGUUACAUGAACUCGGCUCUACAAUGCAUACGCAGUGUGGAGGAAUUGACCCAGUAUUUCUUACAUGAUCAAUGGAAGCGGGACCUUAAUGUGGAAAACCCCUUGGGUCACCACGGAGAAGUUGCGAAAGCAUACGCCAACCUUCUGCAUCAGAUCUAUGAUGAAAAUGCAAGUUCAACCAACCCAAACCGGUUCAAGACCAUUAUUGGGAAGUACGGCCCAAGCUUUUCCGGUUACCAGCAACAAGACUCUCAGGAGUUCCUUCUUUUCCUUCUCGAUGGUUUGCAAGAAGAUCUCAACCGCAUCCACAAGAAGCCUUACAUUGAGAAGCCCGAUUCCACAGAUGAGAUGGUGCACGAUUUUGCAGCCCUCAAAGAGUUUGCUGAUAAGAACUGGGAAAUCUACAAAGCGAGAAACGACUCGGUAAUCACCGAUCUUUUCGCGGGAAUGUACAAGUCGACCCUCACAUGCCCGGUAUGCCAGAAAGUCAGCAUUAUUUUUGACCCGUUCAACAACCUCACCUUACAGCUACCAAUCGAGAACAAUUGGCAGAAGGAGGUUCUGUUCUUCCCGUACGGUAAACGUCCUAUCCGGAUUGAUGUGGAAAUCGACAAGCAUGCUAGCAUCAAAGCGCUAAAGGAGUUCAUUGCUACAAGGACCAAAACCGAUGUGGAUCGUAUGCUCAUCGCCGAGUCCUACAAGAACAAGAUCUACAAGAUCUUUAACAAUAACACUGUCAUUUCAGAAGCCAAUAUUCAGGGUGGAGACAUCAUUUGUUGUUAUGAGUUGGAGAGCGUGCCGACCAAUUACAAUCCAAACAAAGCCAAACGAUUCUCGCUUUAUACACUGAAUUCUCGGGACUCAGAUGACGAGUUGGUAGAUGACGCCAGCCCGGCAGCCGACCGUUUACUCGUACCAAUGUACAACAGGCUGGUCAAGAGCCCAGGUUCAAGAAUUGGCUCUAAACCCUUCUUUGGGCAACCCACUUAUGUGGUAUUCAGUCGCGAAGAUAGGGCAACGUACGACGGCGUGUUAAAGAAAAUCCUUGACAUUGUAAGCGGGAUGACCACCAGAGAUCUCUUCGAGGAUGACAAAAUUGAGUCCGAAGACCGUGCUAGCACUCCCGAAGGAUCUGACACGGUGAUGAUGGCAGAUGACAUGUCAAGUUCUGGCUCGAACCUUCCAAUUGCUUCAUCAGUCCAGGGUGAAGAUGGUCUUGUGGACGUUUCGAUGCGUGAUGCCAGUCAAGGUCCAGAACCAAAUUCCGAAUCACCAGGCAGCACCAGCACCCAGAGUUUGCAAGAAAAGUCGCCCAUUUCCCGCGGGCUCCGACAGCUAUUCUCAAUCCAUGUUGCCUCUACUGGCGAGGGCAUACCAACCGGCUGGAAUUCCAUCUCUGAGACACAAGAGUAUGACAUGAUCAAUUCACGAGUCCCUAAGGUCGACUCACGAAGCCUCAAGUCCCGAAGAUCUUCGGGUCAUACAAAUGACGACAGCGACUCUGUCACCAGCGACGACGAUCUUGCUGACAUUGAACACGAAGACAAUGCGGACGACAGCAACGGAUCUGACUCUGAAUCGAAUGCCGAUCGUGUGUUACACAUAGGUGCAGACGUAGAUUCGGAUACCGAUUUGCCUUCGCCUCGUGACUUUGUGAAGGGCAGAAAUCCAAAAUCGAGAAAGGCUCAAAGACAGCAAAAACGAAACAAGAAUUUUGGAAAACGCGCUGUUCGUCGAACACCGCCACCUCCCCCUCAGCCAGUGCCGAAGUCUCAAGGUCAGGGAUUGAUAAGACCCGGUGAGGCUAUUGUUCUAGACUGGACUCAAGAGGCAUACGAUGCAUUGUUUACUGGUUCUGACGACGAUGAGGAAGACCUGCGUGGCAUGCCGACCUGGAAGGACCCUGAGCUGUUCCAUGAUGCCGACUUACUCGCUCGGCGGGCACAGCGAUCAAGCCGAAGAAAACACGGAAUCACCUUGGAAGACUGCUUGAAUGAGUAUGGAAAAUCCGAAACCUUGUCCGAGCAGAAUGCAUGGUAUUGCCCUCGGUGCAAGGAACACCGACGAGCCGAAAAGAUGUUUGAAUUGUGGAAGGCACCCGACAUCCUUGUUAUGCACCUGAAGCGGUUCAGUUCCAACAGGAACUUCCGUGACAAGCUAGAAGUCAAAGUCGACUAUCCAACUGAAGGCCUGGAUUUGUCCAGCAUGGUGAGAGAUCAACAGGACGGAAGGAGCUUGAUUUAUGAUUUGAUUGCUGUGGACAAUCAUUACGGCGGGCUUGGCGGGGGUCAUUAUACGGCAUAUGCGAAGAACUUUUUCAAUAAUGGUUGGUAUGAAUACAACGAUUCGCAUGUGUCGUCCAAGUCGGAUCCCCGAGCAGUCAUUACAGGCGCUGCCUAUCUCUUGUUUUACCGUCGGCGAUCCGAUCACCCUUUAGGCGGGGAGCAGUUGGAGGAACUAUUGGAUUCUCAAAACGAUGCAGAAGCCGACUCUGAAAUGCCUGAAACCUCGAGAGACUCUUCACCGGUGACGGGGGAAGGUCGGCGUCUCGGCGACUCCUCCCACUCUGGGUUGUCGAGCGCUUUCGCAGCAGGUCAAGCUCACCACGUGGGAGUGGGUGGCUCGGCCAUGGACGAGGACAAUCAGGAUCAAGAUCUACUAGCCGGCAACGCAAGUCAGCCGAGAAUGAUCGGUCCGGUACUUCCGGGGGAUGAACUCCCAGGAUAUCCCGAGGACGAGGGUGUGUCAAUGGAGUAUCCUUAUGCCCAGCCAUCCUGGAGUUUCGACCGCAUUGGACAAACCCAAGCACCGGCACCGUCUGAGGACGGCAUGUUUGGUGACAAGGGAAGCUCGAAUGAUAGUACUCGGGUGGAGGGCGAUCCCGGAAGCCCUGCGUCCAGUCUCCCAGCUUUGGACGAAGGCCCCAUUUUCAGUGAACCCAUUAAUGGUGAAGAUGUCUCAAGCCGUACCACGAGGGAGAGUGCCCCUCCUCCCGGAAUUUCGGGAGUCAUGGACGAUGACGAUGAGGACGAUCUUCCCGUUCAGGAGCUUCGAGCCAAUCCGGAUAACGAUGAAUUGACCUUUCACCCGGCGAAGAGGUAGAAUUGGAAUGCAUUGGAAUUUUUUGACAUGACAUUGUUUGCGGGCGUUCGAUUCCUGGAAGAUAUCAAGAUGCAGCGUUUGUGCAUCACGACCAGCUGCUAUCUAGCAUAAGGCUAUGCACGGUUGAGGACGCCAUACGACAUGAACGUUAAAGGGUAGAGGUUACCACAGUCUUGUGUCAUUGCUUGACUCAGGUAGUCGAAUAUUGUACGCAGUCAAACACCGUACGCUGAACAUAGGUACCUAGAAAAUCAAAGACCUAACCGAGGGGUCAAAAAUAUUGAAC